AUGGCCAAACAGAAUCAAUUUCAAAAUGAAUUUGAAGCAGAAGUAAGGCGUCUUCGAGAUACGAAAAUGUACGAGAAUACUAUCGCUAUUUAUUCAGAAAUUUCCAGAAAUAGCCCCAAAUUUCGUGAUGAGGCAAAUUAUAACAUGGCAUAUCAACUUAAAAUUAAUAGGGAGAAUGUACUAUCUUUGGGUUUUGGUUGUGAUCAAAAUAUUACUAUGGCUCAAAAAUUACUUCAAGAUUCUUCAGGUCUUGGUUUUAGACCCGCAACUAUUUGGAUUAAUUCUCAUCAGAAAGAAAUUGAUUUUGGUGCAAGCGAAGCUAUUAAAAAAAACAUGAUAUAA